AUGCCGUCCUUGGCGGCGCUUGUGCCGCUGGCCAUUCUGAUCGCUUUGCCCUUACUAGGCAAGCUACUCCGACAGUUUUUAGGAUGGUCACUUCGAAAACGAACAGAGGGCCGCCGCGCCCAUCUUAUAGAUCUCAUGACAGAGGAGGAUAGGGUUGCCCGGGCCCAAGAUCCUCGAGGCAGCGCCGAGACCAAACUCGUGUUCGACGUGGACGAUAAUCUCCAAAAUACUCUGAAUUCUCAAAAGGACUGGGCUGGCAUUGUUGGGUUCUUCCAUCCGUUCUGCAACGCUGGAGGCGGUGGAGAGCGAGUCCUCUGGGCUGCUAUCCGUGCCACGCAAGAUCGCUGGCCGAAAGCCAAAUGUAUUGUGUACACGGGCGAUCAUGAUGUAACCAAGGACGCUAUCCUAUCUCGAGUCAAGACCAGAUUCAACAUUGAGCUCCACGCUCCUACGAUAACAUUUCUCUAUCUCUCCAAGCGGGAUUGGGUCCUUCCCUCCACAUGGCCUCACUUCACACUGAUCGGCCAGUCGCUUGGCUCUCUCAUUCUGGCUUGGGACGCUUUCUCGCUAGUUGUCCCUGACAUCUUUAUCGACACGAUGGGCUAUGCAUUUGCUCUCGGAUUAUGCAAGCUACUCUUCCCCAAGGUUCCAACAGGGGCGUAUGUGCAUUAUCCCACGAUUUCUACCGACAUGCUCGAGUCUCUCGAAGGAACCCAAGGCGCACAUGCUGGAAAGGGCGCCGGAGCUCAAGGUUUCGCCAAGAAGAAUUACUGGAAGCUUUUUGCCAUCCUCUACUCCUGGGUUGGAUCAUCGGUUGAUAUCGUCAUGACCAAUUCGACUUGGACUCAAGGCCAUAUCAAGACCUUAUGGGACCCAUAUCGUAGGCAGAAGAGCAAGACGGAUCCGAUUGUAGUUGUGUACCCUCCCACAGCCGUGCGUGAAAUGGAGCAAGAAGUCGAAGUCUCCGAAGAGAGCGAGAAGCGACGAGAAAAGGCUAUUGUCUAUCUUGCACAGUUCCGACCUGAGAAGAAUCAUCAGCUCAUAUUGCGUUCCUUUGCUACCUUCGUCCAGACAAAGAGCGAAGCGUCCAAGGGUUCAAAUCUGAUUCUCAUUGGCAGUGUGCGUGAUGACUCUGAUGCGAAGCGUGUCUACCAGUUGCGACUUCUUGCUCAUGAGCUGGGCAUCAAAGACCUUGUCAAGUUUCACAUUGAUGCUCCCUGGUCGGAGGUUCUGGACUGGCUGAGGAGGGCAUCGGUGGGCGUCAAUGGCAUGUGGAAUGAGCAUUUUGGAAUUGGCGUCGUUGAGUAUCAGGCUGCUGGACUCAUUUCUGUCGUCCACGAUAGUGCCGGUCCCAAACUCGAUAUCGUUGUGCCAAUCGACGGCCAACCUACUGGUUUCCACGCGACAACAGAAGAAGAGUUUGCCGAAGGUUACGAGAAGGCCUUGUCGUUACCGGAUCCUUUGGGGGUUCGACUACGAGCUCGCGAGUCGGCCAAGAGGUUCACCGAGGAGGAGUUUGCAAAGAAGUGGACGGUUCAGGUGGCACGUUUGGUGUCACUAGUGAGACGAGAAACGUAA